AUGAGUCGUCCUGAUCUUACUCUUUAUACCUCCCAGACUCCCAAUGGGAUCAAGAUAUCCAUUGCUCUGGAGGAAUUAGGACUUCCAUACAAGGUGCACGCCAUUGACAUCAGCAAGAACACCCAGAAAGAACAAUGGUUCCUCGAAAUUAACCCCAAUGGUCGCAUCCCCGCCUUAACCGACACCUUCACCGAUGGCCAGAAGAUCCGUCUAUUCGAAUCUGGCAGCAUCCUCACCUAUCUCGCGGAGCAGUACGACAAGGACUACAAGAUCUCCUUCCCGAAGGGUACCCGCGAGUACUACGAGAUGAACAGCUGGCUGUACUUCCAGAACGCUGGUGUCGGGCCCAUGCAAGGGCAAGCGAACCAUUUCUCGCGCUACGCCCCCGAACGUAUCGAGUACGGGGUGAAUCGAUACGUCAACGAGACCCGUCGUCUGUAUGGUGUGCUGGACAAGCAUCUGUCGACCUCCAAGUCAGGAUACCUAGUGGGGGAUCAUGUGUCUAUCGCUGAUAUCUCGCACUGGGGAUGGGUGGCUGCUGCGGGAUGGGCGGGCGUCGAUAUCGAUGAGUUCCCCCAUCUCAAGGCUUGGGAGGAGCGCAUGGGUGCGAGAGAGGGUGUCGAGAAGGGUCGUCAUGUGCCUUCACCGCAUACGAUCAAGGAACUCCUCAAGGAUAAGGCCGCUAUGGAACAGAAAGCGGCCGAGGCGCGGGCUUGGGUUCAGGAGGGCAUGAAGGCUGAUGCAAAGCACUGA